AUGAGAGGAUUAUAUCUCAUUUUCUGUAUACUUUGUGUAUAUACCACUGCCUAUUCACUUGAAGAAGAUUUUGAAAUGGACGAUUUUGAAGAUUCAUUAUGGGAUACAUUAAAAAAAAAAUCACAGGACUUAUUAAUAAAGGAAAAAAAACUCAACAAUAACAUGACUCAAGUCAAUUCUACUCAAAAUAAUAACACUCAAAGUAAUAUUACUAAAAUAGAAAAUUCAACUAAAUCUAAUACUACUUCUAUUCAAGACCAACGAUUUGCUACUGUUGUAGAAAGUGUUAUUAAAGGAUAUGAAAGAAUUAUUAACUCUACACAAAAAGAAGUAGAACAUAAAAAAGGAAAGUUACAAGGGGAAGUUAAUAAAAUAAGCAAAGAUGUUACUGUAAUGAAACAACAAUUAAUGGAUAUAGAAAGUCAAAUUAAAGAAAAAAUUAAAGAAAUUGAAGUAUCUCAAGAAGCUAUUAAUAAACAACAAACAUCACUUUCAGUUUUUGAAGAACAAUUAAAAAAGAAUGGAGAAGAAAAAGAUAUUAAAUUAAAAGAACAAUUAGAUAAAGAUUUAAGACAAACUAUUCAAAAUGCUAAGAAACAAAAAAUAAAAUCAGAAAAUGAACAAAAAAGAUUAAUUGUUCAAUUACGUAGAUUAUAUAGACAUAAGAAAGUAUUAUUAAGAGAUAUUAAAGAUAAAGAACAACAAAGUUCUCUUCUUACUAAAAGAGUAGCACAUAUUGAAGAACUUACAGAAUUAAAAGUAAAGAAUUUACAAAGGGUAGUUUCAUGGAUGAAGAAAAAGUUAGAAACAAGAAAAGUUUAUAUUGCUAAGUUAGAAGAAGUAAGAAAAUCAAUUAAUGAAACACUACCAUUAUUAGAAAGUGAAUUUACUACACCUAGUAAAAAGAUAGAAUUAACUGAAACUAUUAAUCAACUCAAAAAAGUUCAAGUUGCUACUAUUAAACAAAUAAAGAACUUAAGAAUAAUGUUAGCAGCUCGUGUUGGAGUUUAUAAUAAAUCUAAAAUAGUAAGAAUUGCAUAUGAAACUCGUAGAGAUAGAUUAAAUGCACAAGAAAAAGAAUAUAGAAAACAAGUUAAUAGAUUAAAUAAUAAAAUUACAAAAUUAAGAGUUCAAAUUAAUGAACAAACUGGAUAUUUAAAAAAACAAACAGUUGAAGUUUUAAAGGAUAUUGCUGCAUCAAAAUUAAGUGAAUUAAGAGGAGAAUAUAAUAGUAAUGAUAAUGAAAUGAGAAAAGUACAACGACGUUUAUCAUUUUUGAGUAAAGCACAAAUAAAAGCAAGAAAAGAUUAUGAUGAAGAUUUGAAAAGAAUUCAAAAAGAAUAUCAAAAAAUUAAGGUAGCUGCAUUUAAGAAAGCUAAAAAAGAUGCUAUUAGAGAAAAAAGAAGAAUGGAAAGAAGAAUUGAAAGACUUGAACGUGCUAUGACUAAUAAGAAAUAUACUUCAGAACAAAGUAGAAUAUUUUCAGAAAAAGCUAAGUUAUUAAGAAAAAAAGUACCAGAAAUUAAUAAAAAAGUUCAAAAAGCAAAUCAACGAUUAAUUGAUGAACAAAAAAGAAUAAAAGAAGAAAGAGAGAAACAAUAUAGACAUUUGAAGGUUGUUGCUAAAGAGUUAAAAAGUAGAGAGGAUGAUUUAUCAAAUGAAGCAAGUAUUUUAAGAGAAAAAAUUAGUCAAACAAGUAAUAAAUUAGAAAAAUCAGGAUUAAUUGAGGAUCUUCAUGAUGUUGUUCGUAGAUUAGCAACUGCACAUGCACGUGCAUCAAUAGCCAUUCGUGGUGUUGAAAAGAUUGAAAAUAAAAUUUUUGAAGAAUUGAAAAAUGAAUUAAGAAGUGAAAGAAAAAUGGUUAGAGUAUUAAUAAAAAGCAAAGAAAGAGCAACAAAGAGAAUUGUUGUUUUAAAGAAUCAUAAUGAAUAUGCAGAAGUUGUUGAUGAAUUACAACAUCGAGUGGAAGAAUUAAGUCAACAAAUCAAUUUAAGAGAAAAGAAAGUUGCAGAUAUUGAAAGUAAAGUUAGUGAAGCAACUAGAAAAAGAAAUGAAGAUAUUAAGAUAAAGGUUAUUGAAGCUAAAAGUCAUUUAAGUAGAUUAAGAAGUCGUAAAGAAGAAAUUGCAGAUGAAUUAAAUAGAAUUUUACAAUCAUCUAAAAGUGCAUCAAUUGAAGAACUUAAGAAGAACACACUUCGAAUGAAACAAUUAAAACAAGAAUUAGUAGUUCUUAACAAUGAAGAGAAUAAAGUUAGAAGUGGAUUAGAACAAUUAAAUAAAGUUAUUUUUAUUAGAUCUAUUGAUGAAAAGACUGUACAAGCUGCACGUAAAUCAAGAGAAUUAAUUAAAGCAAUGAAAAAGAGUUCUAAACGAGUUAGAAAGUUAAGAAGUAAAUUAGUAAAUAAUAAAAGAUUAAUUGAAAAAUUAUAUAAAUCUGUUCAUGAAACAGGAGACAUUAUUUCAGAAAGAGCAGAAGAUAAAAUGGAACAAUUAAAGAAUGUUAGAGAAUUAAUUAAGAAUAAAUUAAAAAAGGUUAUGCAUGAACAUAAGAAACUUCAAAACACAUUAUUAAAACAUGUUGAAAGAGUCAAAAGAUUAUCUAAAUUCAGAAUACAUAAUUUCCAAAAACAACAUGCAGAAUUACUUAAAAGAAGAAAUGAAUUAUUAACAAAGAAGAAAGAAAUUAAGAAGAAUAAAGGAACAGAAUAUUUCUAUACUCAAAUUGAUUUACUUGAUGAACGUAUGAAUGAAGUUUUAAGAGAUGAAAAAAUGUAUAAGUUAAGACUCAAAAAGAGAUUAAAUAAAAUGGUAGCAAUUGCUAAAGAAUGUGAAAAGAAAACACCAAAUGGACUUGAAGGAAUUAAAGUUAAAUGUACAAUUUGUAGAAAUCUUGCUGCAUUCUUAUUACAAAAAGUUAGAAGAGAUCGUAUGUCUCCUAAAGAAGUAAUGAAAAAGAUGUAUAACAAAUGUGAAAGUUCUAGCAAUCCUGCAUUGUGUUUAAGAACAUCAUUAAAAUUAAGUACAGUUGCAUUCCAAGAAAAGAAUAAAGAUUUAACACCAAAAGAAUUGUGUUACAAAGUUGGUAGAUGCGUAUUACAUGUUUAA